CACCAAAACUGACACACCCAUUUGUAUAAAUGUUACUAGUACACUGUAAUUUUUUCUGCAGGUUGGAAUCAUUCAUAGUAGUUCGUGUUUUUUUUUUUUUUUUCAUCAUAGUAGUUAGUUAAGAACUAAAUUAUUCAUCAAAAAUUUGAAACCAACGCACAUGGCAGCAACGACUACAAACAAUAAAUCAAAACACAGACGCACGACCUCCUAUGCUGAAUCUCCUUCGUGCUCGGAUAAACCGCCAAACCCUAAUCUCAAUACGAGCCUUCCUCAGAUCAAUUCACAACACUCUUUUCUCUCUCUUCGCCAAAAUGAACCCAAAUGAUAACAACAAAAACAAUGUCCACUCCUCCUCUGAUCCUGCACUGUUUGAUCCAUCCCAACCCUCCUUGCCAAUCUCCUACCCUAUCAAAACCCUAGAAGACCUAGAAUCGAGGGUUUAUUUUGAUUCAUUUCACUUCCCAUUCAACAAAGCUUCGGUGACUCUUCAGUCUGGUAAUGGUUCAUUGCCUGACCGUCCCAGAAUUCUCGUGUGCCAUGACAUGGCCGGAGGGUACUCAGAUGAUAAGUGGGUACAAGGUGGGACCAAUGCUGGAGCGUAUUCGAUAAGGCACUGGUACUUGAUGGAUGUUUUCGUGUAUUUUUCCCAUAGUUUGGUUACCCUUCCGCCUCCGUGUUGGACUAAUACAGCUCACAAGCAUGGUGUUAAGGUAUUGGGGACUUUCAUUACAGAAUGGGAUGAAGGGAGAGUUAUCGCCAACAAACUACUCUCCACAAAGCAGUCUGCUCAAGUGUAUGCUGAGCGCUUGACUGAGCUAGCUGUUGCUUUGGGCUUUGAUGGAUGGCUGAUAAAUAUGGAGGUUAAAUUGGAUGUAGAGCAAAUCCCAAAUCUGAAAGAAUGUAUCAGCCAUUUAACCAAGACCAUGCACUCUUCAGUGCCUGGAUCUUUAGUCAUAUGGUAUGAUAGUGUUACUAUCAAUGGUAAGCUUAACUGGCAAGAUAUGCUGAAUGAAAACAAUAAGCCUUUCUUUGAUAUAUGUGAUGGCAUAUUUGUAAAUUAUACAUGGAAGGAAGACUAUCCAAAACGUUCAGCUGCUGUUGCCGGCGAUAGAAAGUUUGAUGUCUACAUGGGUAUUGAUGUUUUUGGAAGGAACACUUAUGGUGGCGGACAGUGGAAUACAUGUGUUGCACUUGAUGUGCUGAAGAAAGACGAUGUGUCAGCUGCUAUAUUUGCUCCUGGAUGGGUAUAUGAGACUAAGCAACCACCUAAUUUUCAGACUGCUCAGAACCAUUGGUGGGCCCUUGUUGAGAAAUCAUGGGGAAUAUUACAGAAUUACCCCAAAGUACUACCGUUCUACUCAAAUUUUGAUCAGGGCCAUGGUUACCAUUAUUCUGUUGAUGGAGGGCAAGUACUAAAUGCUCCAUGGAACAACAUUUCUUCUCAAAGCUUUCAGCCUUGCCUUGAGUUUUCUGGAGAGCCUAUCCCAAACACAAUUCAAGUACUUGUUAAUUUUAAGGAAGCGUCUUAUAGCGGAGGAGGGAACAUCACGUUUAAAGGAGCUCUUGAAGACAGUGCAUAUUUCACAACCAGACUCUUUCAGGGAGAGCUUCUUUUGGAGAAUUUACCAGUCUACUUUUCAUAUUCUGUGAAAUCAGAUGGGAACUCCCUGGUAGGCCUUAUGCUGGAGUUCUCUUCUACCCUGAAGGAGAGAACAUCAGUUCUUCUUGCAUCCUGUGGAAGUAACUUGACUACAGUGAACCAGUUAUCAAGCAACUUUAGUGAAGUGAUCAUGCCAAUUCAAGUUACAAAACCUGAAACUGCCCCAGGAUGGGUCAUUCAGGAGAGUAGCAUUGCAAUGAAUGGAUACACAUUAACAGAAAUUCAUGCCGUAUGCUAUCAGUCAAAUCCUGAAGUUAAUGAAGAUAAUUCCUUAGCCCACAGUUUAUCAGAAUAUUUUGCAGUGCUGGGCCAUAUCACAGUUAGAACUUCUGAAAUGAACUCGAUUUUCCCUCCAUCUACUUCAUGGCUAGUUGAAGGUCAAUAUAUUAAAUGGACUUCAGGAUCUCAGGGAUCAAAGACCCUUAGUGUCAAGGUCAUUUGGAAACUGAAAGAUGGAGAUGCUUCUGUAUUCCCAAAGUACAAUAUUUAUGUGGAGAGGCUAGCAGCUAGAGCUGUUGGAGAACAAGGCAAAAUGCUUGAUGGUGUGCAGGAGUAUCUUGGGGAGGCACAAGUAGAAGCUUUUUAUGUUUCUGAUCUUGUCUUUCCUUCAGACACUUCCAGUCUCAAAUUCAUUAUUCAAGUUUGCGCCACCGAUGGAGCUUGCCUGACUCUAGAUGAUUCUCCGUCUUUUCAACUGAAUGUCGAAGGCAUGAAUUCAACAACCUCUUCAAGUGUCAAUCAUCGUCAAAUUGAUGGUGAUAUGAGGCUGAAUCACUUAUAUAGCACCAGGACCUGUUGGUGUGGGAAAAGGGCAACGGUAAGGAUUUUUAAAUCAACUAACAAUCCGGCGAAAGUGUAUUUUAAUUGUCGCAAUGAUAAAUGCAAAUAUUGUGGAUGGUGGGAGCCUCCGGAUGUGGCAGUCGUUAAACAUAACAGGCGUGCAAGGAAUGGUGGUGGUGGUGGUGUAGAGGCUUGUAUGUCAAUGACAAAACUAAUUGUAUUUGCAAGCAUGUUCCUGGGCUCUGUUGCUGUUUUAAAUAUGUUCAUUGCUUUCCUAUCUAAGUGAUGCUUAUGUGAUCCUCCCUUUGCUAGUGGAGAAGAUUUUUUUGGAUGAACAUGAAAUGUUCAUGUAAUUGUACUCUUUCGUCAUUACAAAUAUAUCUAAUGUUGUGCCAAGAUGGUUUGGUAACGCUAUGUUUUUCUGUUCAUGUAAUGAUCAAUAAAUUUUGAGGUUCCCCAUUUUAA